UCGAGUCUUGUGACAGUGCAGCGAACAGGAAAAAACGUCGUUUGAGUUUGACCAGGAGUUUCCUUCGUUAAGUAAUCCAGAUUUCUCUCAUAAACGAGAGAAAUCAAGAAAAGUUCGCUAUGGCGCAUCUUUAGGACGUUUUGCCGUCUUAUUAAUCAUUCCUGUCCCUCACACAGUCGCUUUAAGCGCGGGCUGAAGUCGCAUGGGGAGAGUGGAGGAACUUUCAUCUGAGCUUUGUUUUGGUUUUUGUUUGUGUUAGUCCGGUGAUCAUCCACGUUAAAUUAGCUCGAGAAGAUUUCAUGUUAGUUUGCUGAAGUGGACAGGACGCCUCAGACCAGAUAUGGAUACUAAACCUCUUCUCCAGGACAGACCUCCAGCGUACAACACAGUCCCGGCCGCGUACGACUACGGCGCGAUCCCCGCGGCCACUGCACCCGCAGCGGGCUUCCACCCUCCAGCACCGCCGCCCUACCAAGGUUUCCCAGCUGCCACAACAGCUUAUCCAGCGGCCCAGGCACCACCUGUCGCCGUAGCCACCCAGCCAGCCUACACCAACACUUACACUAUCGUCCAGCCCUCUGUGGUGGUGGUUGGGGGAUGUCCGGCCUGCAGGGUCGGCGUGCUGGAGGAUGAUUUCACCUGUCUGGGAAUCAUGUGUGCCAUAUUUUUCUUUCCUCUGGGAAUUCUCUUCUGCCUGGCCCUGCGUCAGAGGAGAUGUCCAAACUGUGGAGCCACUUUCGGCUAGAGGGACCAAAACCCCUGUCGUCGUCUUUUUAAAUUCAGUUUUAAGCAUCAGCAUAGUUUAUCUGUAAUCAGCACACAUCAAUAAUGCCAAACGUCGCUUACGUAACUACGAUAAAUGACAGAUCACAAUAGUAACCAGCCACAAACUCUAUGAUUACUUCAAAGAUGGUGCAUGUGACGGGCUGUCCAUGUGUUUAGUUUUUACAUGCCUCGCAAGCACUAUUUGCUGUUUGUUUUUUUUUGUUCUUUAUAUAAAAUCUUAAAGCCAGUCUCCAGUCAUCUAAUCACUAGUGCCUUUACGAUGGCAGAGAAACCAUAAACUGAAGGAGCCGGGACUCACUGAGGGUAAAUCCCACACGACUCUGGACAAACGCCGACUCGCUUUGAGUAACAUUGUGUUUGUGUUGUGUAAAUGAAACAUUUGAUUUGCCUCCCUGAUGUAUUUUCAAUUCCAGUUUGCUCUCAUGUCUAGAAAUGGACUAUAAUAUGCUCCCUAAUCAGUCACAUCUUAUUCAAGAUCAAAAAACAUCUUCUGUAUUCAUUUUUGUCUGUGUUAUUUGUAUAUCUUGGAUUUCUGAAUCAGUUUUAGACCAUGUUCUUUCUCAGUAGGGUCGUCUGUUAUUUUGGGGGCCAUGUUUUCGUCAUACUGCACUGAUGAUCCAUGUUAUACGUGCUGGGUUUUCUGAAAGCGUCUUUUUAGAGGUUAAAUAUGCAGUAAUGUUUCACUCGCUGGACCUCAGCCAUCUCCAGGUUGAACUGAAACCCGCAAUAAACAAGGGAAGUCGGCAUCUACACAAUGUAAUCUGUCACCCAAUGACACGCAGUUGCUCUUUGAGAAAGGAAUUGUUUUUUUCUUCCAGUGACCGACAAUCAGUCUCGGACGCGUCUGGUGUGAUUUCAAUUCAUGAUGUACUCGUAUCAUACACUAGACAUGCUACUAUGAUCGGUUUAAACUUUUCUACAUUAAGAGAGAUUGUAAAUAAAUUCUACAAGUGUU